GCUCAAUUCAAUUCUUUCUUCAUUCACUACAAAAGAAACGAAAAGAUCAUGGCAAAGUUGUCCAGAUCAAACGGGAAGAAAAAGAAUGGCAUGAACCUCAAGACAAUGGUACAAAUGUUUCAAAAGAGUUUUUUAGCAGAUCAUCAGAGGUCAUCCCUGAAUGAUUUUGACGAGUUCGAGAACUCCAAGGAUGUGUCUAAUGACGUUAAAGAAGGGCAUUUCGCGGUGAUGGAGGUGGACAAUGAGAAGCGCAAGAGAUUGAUUCUUCCUCUAAGUUGUUUAAUGCACCCUUCAUUCUUAAGGCUGUUGGAAAAAGCUGCAGAGGAAUAUGGGUUCGAACAUGAAGGCGCACUCAUUCUUUCUUGCAGGCCAAUUGAAUUGGAGAGGAUUCUUGCCAAGCAAUAUAUUGGAAAAGUAGAUUGGAGUUCUUGUACAACUCAAGAGCUUUUAUGUUCAAAUUAAAUAUACAAGUGAAUAGAUCAGAUUGUCCAAUUUCAUUUUUUUUUGUUAGUUCAUACAAUUCAAUUUUGAUCCA